CGAAAGACCCGAGUUCCUCAACAGUCUGAGACCGAAAGAAAACCACAACAACACCGACUCAGCCGUUCAGACCGGGACAGGGACACUCUACACGGGAAAUAUUCUGUGGGCACACCGGGGAGUUGGAGCUCCAGCCGUUACAUGGGAACCCAGGAGGGAGAAAGAGAUUGGGUUGAUGUGGCAAAUGACCUACUCAGCAAGUGUCACAUAAGCUUAAAGCUAAGGAAACUGACCGACUGCAAUGCAGAAGCUUUCAUCGCUUUGUACGAGAACAUCUUGGGAGAAGAAGUUCCAGAUUAUAUUGCAGAACCACGCAGUCAAGAGGAUGACGUGCACAAUGUCCAGUCUGUGAUCGAUUCGCUGUCUUUAGACUACCUUCAAAUCAGCCUCUCACACAUUACAGGAGAAAAUGUUGUCAGAGGGGACAGAGAGUCCAUCAAGAACCUGGUGGAGAUCUUUGACGGCCUCCUGGAGUAUCUCAACGAGGAGAUGAAUGAGGAAGCUCUGGAUGGUGUGGAGCUCACCAGCAGAGUCAACGGGGAGGUAUUUGGUGAACCCAAAGAGCGAGCAAGCUGUGAUGUCCCCGAGCUGGAGGAGGCGAGGCAGGAUGGGGCCUCCGUGUCAUCCAGCGCAGAGUCAGCAGUCCAGUCCAGUAAGCACUCCCUCCAUUCCUGCAACAUCGACGACAAAGGGUCUAAUGCUGAGGAACUCCUCGAACUGGGAGUCACUGCUCGCACAUUUAUCAGCAAACAGGAAGAACUGGUUCUUCCACCACAAACCUCAGAUGGAUUCUCCUCCUCCGGAACUGUGGACACAGCAGCAGCAGCAGCAGCUUCACAGCCUGAAGCCAUCGCUCUGAAGCCCCCCAGCCAGGGCCACGGCCCCAGCGUUCGCCCACAAUCCCCCAGCCUCCUCCCCACUGCUGCCAGACCCGACCAGGUGUGCAGCGAGGAGGACGACGCCCCCGCCGCUGCAGAGAACAAUAACUGUCGAGCUGAGACUGUUGUGACCAAUGGACUCCGCUCUCCUGUUGUUUGCCAGUCGCCUGCUGAAAGCAAAGAGUCUUCAUCCAGCCGGCGACAAGCGGCGGCAGAAGUGGAGGGGGAGACAUUAGAGCCAACUAAUGGAGGUCCGAGGAGGGUGUUAUUCCGCACGCAGCCCGACGUGCUGUUCCUCACCCUGCAGGAGGAGAUGGCUCCGACCACCCCCUCGCCACCAGACACUGAAGAGGAAGAGCACGACGAAGACCUCAGUUACACACGAAGGCCGCGACACAAGAUGACGCACAAAGACAGGAAGCACCCCAGCAGAGCAGAGGAUGGUUCCGGGGAGCCGCUGUCUUAUCGCAGGCAGAGGAACAAACAGGCCGAGGAAGAGCUGCACCACAUAUCUGAGAAACUCUCCCACCGGUUAGAAGAACUUGAUCAGAUGCUUAAACGGGUUCUGAGUGAAAGCGGAGAGUCAAGUGAGGUCAAAGAAGAAGAUCAGCAUUCCCACCACAGCGACAGCGUCAUGGAGCGCCGCAGACAGCACACAGUUUCAGGAGCCGAUCCUGAAUCCUCCCACUGCACGCGCUCCUUAUCUCCCUCCCCUCCACGAGUCCACGCCUCGCCCCAACAACAGAGCGAGGACGUGGGAGCAGAGGCCUCGGGUCCAGAUGACAGGAGACAGACGGUCGUCUCCCCCUCUCGUCGCUCAGGGCGAGGAGAGCCCCGACACAGGCGGUCUCACAGAAACCAUCCCAAGGAUUUGAAGAAUGAAGCGUUAGAGGAGGAGCUGAAAAGACUGGAAGACAGAGAAAGAGCUGCACUGCAUGCGGCGCGGGUCAAAGCUCAGGAAGCUGAGCGAGAGUACCGAGAGGCCAUUCUGAGGGACGUGUCUCAUGUUUCCAGACGAUCCCCAGCUAAAACAAAAGCUGCACAUAAGUCGCAUCGGCGACUGGAGGCCCCCAGGAAAGCUCCGCCGUUGAAAAUUAAGGAGAACCAGCUCCUCCCUUUGCUCCGGGAGGAGCUGCCGCACCUCCACAUCUCGCCUCGGGCCCUGGGACGCAUGUGGGACCAGCAGAUGCAGCAGGUGGAGCGACUCCAUUCCCUGUCGUCCUCUCACAACCCGCGCCGCAGCAAACUGUCCAGCGAGGUGGAGGAAGCGCAGAGGAAACAUGACCUGCUGGUAGAACUCGUCCGUAAAGACCAGGAGCACGGCAGGCGGCUGAGGGACAUCAAGGAGCGGGUCCAGCAGCAGAAGUCGACGCAGAACAGACUCAGAGAGCAGAGGCAGCAGAUCGCCCGAGCCAGGAAGUACCACAGCGACUACCACGUCCAGCACCGGGCCCGCCUCAUGAAGGCCCGCACCAAGGAGGAGAGGAUGUUCAGGCAGCUGUUCGAGGAGGGUUUGGAGGUGCAGAAGCUGCGUCUGAGGCAGCAGAGGGCCAACGCCAAGGAGCAACGGCAGGAGCACCAGCGCCGGCACCAGGAUCAGAUCCAGUCCAUGGAGAACUACUACAGAGACCAAUUCUCACUGUUGGCUGAGAAACUUGCACAAGAGCGACAGGAGAUCCAGGUUCGGAAGAAAGCUCAAGAGAAGGCCUUGUUGAAGAUGCAGCGAGAGCUCCGCUCCCGGAUGGAGCGUGAAAUCGGUGAACUGCAGAGGAUCAUCAUUGAGAACGACGAAGACGAUCACUUCCAGGACCUGGAGGUCCAGAGGCUGCGGAACCGGGUGCAGAUGGCUUCUUUCCAGUACAACACCAGCUACCUGCACUGACCGGGGCAGCCACCGCUGCAGAGCUGAUGUCUGCGGAGGGAAAGUGCAGCACAGAACUUUUCUGCGGUCCUAGACCAACGGUACGACCAGAGGAGAGUUCACAUCGGACCUGCACAAGUCAACGAUAAACAUGAACUGAACACUCCGACUACAUGUAGCGACUAGCAAACUCUUCCUCUCACCUCAGCUGCUAAACCUCAAUCCUGAAGACACGGAGGACCCACUUCCUUUCUUCCAUGACUUUUACAACUGGAUGACUGCGAAUGUUAGUUUCUUCCUGUCUGCACUCCACAUGUUGUUAUUGUAGCAAAAAUAAAUUAAAUUGUUCUUCCUUUUUGCCAAAUAAUGACCACAGAUGCAACUCUAGGAUGAGUGUCACACACUGACAAGACUUAACUUAGAUCUUUUUCCUCGAUGUGCAAUGUCUUCCUUUCAUGUUUUAACCAUGUCAGUGAAUUAUUUAUUUUUUAAACUUUAAUGUUGGAUUUUUUUUUUUUUUUAAUUAAAGCUGCCGUAGGCAGGAUUUUGCU